AAGCUUCUGCUCCAAUACUCCUAACACACCCGCUGCCUCCCCCCGGUGACGCCGCGCCGGACGACGCUGCACGAGCAACCGGACGCCGGUGCCAGUGAGUCAGUGACCGCCCCUGCCCCCACCCACCCUGCAUCGCGUCGCCUCUGACGCCGCUCUUCUCGCAGCAGCAGAUCGAGCGGCGGAGCACCCUUCUCCUCUCCACCGAGCACGAGCAGACCACCCCUCUCCUCCGCCGACGCCGCUCUUCUCGCAGCAGCAGCAGCAGAUCGGGCUUUUUGCUUCUCCGUCUGCCACCUACCGCACCCGUCUCUCUCUCUCCGUCCGUUAGGCCUAGCAGCUGUCGCCGGUCGAGCUCUCAAUCGCAGACCCUAGGAGCCGCCGCUGUCGCCGCCGCCUUCUACAAUAGCCACCACCAAGGAAUCUUGCCAAGAAGUUCAGGCUGUGAUAGAAUUCUUGAAACCCCAGGUUGUCUUUUUGGAGCUGUGCUCUAGUCGUGUUGCGAUUCUUACGCCGCAAAACUUGAAGGAUAUUUGCUGGAUACAAUAAAGCUAUCAGAAUUUUUGAGGUUCAUCGCCCAGGGAGAGAUUUUGAACAACACUCGACUGUUUUAGGAAACAAAGAAGGCCAAUCAGGUAUUAUAUCUUCUAUUGCUUUUUCCCCCACUUCUUCUGGUAUGCUGGCUGUGGGCUCCUACAACCAGACUACUGCUAUAUACAGAGAAGACAAUAUGGAACUGCUGUAUGUGUUGCAUGGCCAAGAAGGUGGGGUUACACAAGUUCAGUUUUCUAAGGAUGGAAACUAUUUGUACUCUGGGGGACGGAAGGAUCCUUAUAUUCUAUGCUGGGAUAUUCGCAAAACUGUUGAUAUUGUCUACAAACUAUAUCGAUCAUCUGAAAGCACCAAUCAGAGAAUACAAUUUGCUAUUGAACCUCUUGGUCGAUAUCUUGGAACUGGUGGUCAGGGGCAGCUGCUGUUAACUUGGUUGCUGGAGAAAAGCCCGCAGAUGUUUAUUCAGGAAUUGCUACGAGGGAUGUUACUUUCAAAAAGGGAGGAAGAUCAAGAUGAAGAUGAGCGCGAAGGAAGCCUUUGAGAGGUCGAUGAGGACUUUGUCGGAGUGGAUAAGCCAGGAAGUGAAUCGAAAUAUGUAAUGAUCUUAGAUACUUGAUACUUGGUUCAUUCGGAUGAUAAUGUACGAAUAUUUUGGAUAAUAUAUAAUAUUGUUAUUGUUGAUUUUA